UCUCUCUCAAAAAACAAAAAAAAAAUAAUGUUUAAGCCAUAGACUCGUAGAGUUGUUCCACUUCCAUUCACAAGAUUCAAUUUCGAAUUGGAACCAACUAUUCUCUCGACUACUUUUUUCGCAAUCACAUUCACAACAUUAUUGCAUUCUUUUGCCGGAACCACUCAAUUGGUAGCUUCACAUGGGAAGAAAACGAAGAAAGUCUACUACCCGAAAAGUAAUUGAUGCAGAGCUGGAUAGAAUUAGUUGCUUACCGGGUCAUGUAAUAGAUCAGAUUCUGUCUUGCUUGCCAAUUAGGGAAGCAGUGAGAACAAGUGUUUUGUCCAGCCAAUGGAGGUACAAAUGGUACACACUACCAAAUCUUGUGUUUGAUAGACGUUGUGUCUCUGCUAGAGGUUCCCAAGACCCUUUAGAUAUUGAGAACAAGCUUUUGAAAAUUGUUGAUCAUGUACUUUUACUUCACUCUGGACCUAUCAACAAGUUCGAGUUCUCUGACUCUGGUCAGGAUUUCGUUGAAGGGAUUCCUGGGAAUGAAUUUGAUCGGUGGAUUGUUUAUCUAAUCGGAAGGUCUAUUAAAGAGCUUGUGCUGCAUGUUUUGGCAGAGGAUGAAAUCUAUAAGAUACCUUGGUGCUUAUUCUCCUGUCAAAGUUUGCAACGUUUAAAGUUGGCUUGUUGUUGGCUUAAACCUCCAACAACAUUUGAAGGCUUCAGGAACUUGAAAAGACUUGAACUACAUAACAUUUCAAUGGCUGAUGCUGCUUUUGAAAAAAUGAUAUCCGGCUGCCCUCUACUUGAAUAUUUGAGUUUGAUAGAACCUGAUGGUUUAACCCAAGUUAAUAUUCAUGCACCAAAUCUGAAGUUUUUUAGCCUCCUUGGUGACUUUGUGGAUUUUAGCUUUUACAACAGUUUCCAAUUAACUGAGCUAAGUUUGUUAUUCGACACUCAAAGCAAUCAAAGUAGAUUGAGGGGAUGCUCAAGCAAUUUGCUCAGUUAUUUUGCUCAUCUACCUCACUUACAACACCUUGACAUCAGUCACCAUUUUUUAAAGUAUUUGGCUGCAGGUGAUGUGCCAGUGCCAGUAAAGCUUCCUACUACUUUUGUCAAUUUAAGUUUUCUUUUCAUAUGUAUAAGGUUCAAUGACAUGAAGGAAGUUUUGGCUGCUCUUUGCUUGCUUAGAAGCUCACCUAAUCUACAAAGAUUAGAAAUAAUUGCAGAUUAUAAGGAGGCGGAUGUCCAUUUAACACUGGGCUCCUAUUGUUGGGAAGAUACCUUUUCAGGGCCAGCCAUGCCCAUCCAAGUUCGACAUGUGGGCAUAGGUGGCAUCGCUGGCAUCAAAUCUGAAUUAGAUUUUAUCAAAUUUCUUCUCAUGUAUUCUCCUAUGCUAGAAAAAAUGAUUGUGAAGCCUGUUGAAUACGCCAGAGCCGAUUUGUUGACCAAACUUGUUCGGUUCAGAAGAGCAUCUGUACAAGCCGAAGUUAUUUACGAAGGGAAAGACUCUUCAUAAUGCUUUAUAUCUUCCUCAUAUCAUCUUAUGUAUUAUAACUAUAGGUGGUUAUGACAUUUAAUCUUUUCUAAUGAUGUUGCAAAUUAUGAGUGAUUUAACAUUGAAAUUUCUUUUAUAUUUAUAGUA